AUGUUUUUGACGAGGGCAUGUUCGAGGCAGCAGAGCCCGAAGUUUGGUGUCAGGUCAAACGAAAAUGAUUCGCAGGCGGUGUCACAAGCAAGUGACGACGAAGAAGAGGAAGAAGACAGUGAAUACAUUCCUGAUGAGAAAUGGAAAAAGUCGGUGAACGUGGGUGACGAUUAUCAAGCUGAUGUUCCCCUUUGGAUUCCGAGUCGAGUUCCAACUUCGAAAGAAUAUUUUCCUGACGAUUCUCCGAUCUGUGGACGAUGUUUAUGGGAACCAAGGAAAAUGAGAGAACCUGACGUUAUGGAGUACCUGAAGCGCGCUCGCGUGAUUUCUGACGACGUCCGUAGAGAGCAGCAGGGUAUCAAACGCAUGCUCGAAGCCGGAAAAGUUAAUCCCACCUGUAUCAUCGUCAAAGAUAAUGAAUAUGCACUCCGUUUGCUCAAAGAAUGCAAAUACGACGUCAAGAAAGCUUUAUCUCGUUGGAAAACGAUGGCGGAAAGCGAUGAAGAUCACGAUUUCAAUCUAUGGUCGGAAGAAGAAACCAGACUUUUUGAAGAGGGUUAUUUGCAGCACGGGAAAGACUUUUUCAAACUUCAUAAUUUCGUUGUGCGUUCAAGAAGCCGGGCGGAACUCGUUGAAUAUUACUAUUUCUGGAAGAAAUCUCUGCGACACGACAUAAUUGCGUCGAAAGUACCUGGAAAUCUUCGGCACGAAAAGAAGAAGUUUUCUUUAAAUCCCUGCACCACUGAAAUGAUGGACCACAUUUGCGACGAGCAAGAACAGAACAAAUGGCAAAGUUCUUCAGGGAUUCCUUCCAUCGCUGCUGGACCCCCAAGAAUGAUGGUAGUUCAUCCCGACUCGUCUUUUUUGCUCUCGAGCAGCAUUGACGACAAGAGACCGAAUGGCUGCCAAGGGAUUUCCCGGGAUAAUGGAUCCUGAUGGACGCCUUUCUGGAAAGCUACGAGCAAGAUCUUAUCAUGUUUAACUGCCGAACGAAAGGAAAUACCGCUGAGCAAUUGUUACUAUGUUUGGAAGAAGUUUUUUUAUGUAAUUUUAAUUGAGCACGGUGUGUGAGCCAAAAUUGGAAUAUUGGAGUUUACUUUAUUCUUUGUCCUCACACCGGAUUCAGUGAAUCAACCAGGUGAAAGUCGGGUACUCUUGUGUAUUUAACUUCAUCGCAUUUGACAUUUCUUUCGUGAACACGUUUGUAGAGUUCAAGUUAGCAUUUUUUUCGGUUUUCAUUCCGAAGAUUGAAUGCUGUUGUUGAUGUUGAACGAAAACGUAAGCCGUGUUUUUUUUGGAUUGAACCCUCACUAACGAUGCAACUCGAAGAAAUUUGUUUUCCCAAAUCUUGGACGUUUCUAAAGCAUUGUUGACGCAGUGUGGUUUUCAUCAUUCGAAGACUCUCUUUGGAAAGUUACUGAUUGUGUAAAUUGUUUGUAUUUUUCUAAGAUGGAUUGCUUCACUUUCUAUUUAAUUUUUUUAUGGAAUUUUUGAUGAGUUUUUGUUUUUGCAGCAUUUUUUUUUGGGAGUACGUGGAUCUCGGGGGAGGAAGAACAUUUCGGUUUGUUUGAAAUGAAUACCACAAGCUUUUUAGCUUUCUUCUCGAGUUGCGAGGGCAUCUGAAGGAUUGAAGUCAGUGCUAUCAAAGCUAUUUUCCGUGUUUUUGUGAGAAGGGGUUGAGUGGGAACUAUGUACCUGAGGGAGAUUGGCCUGGUUGUUAGCGAGUGUUUCAUGGAGUUUGUUUAGCUGAAUUCUCAGGGGGUUUUCGCGUUCGGCGAAUGGUUGACUGUUCGAGAGAGACAUUCGUUGGUUCUUCUUGAUUGCACCAGGAUUCGAGGAAUUCGAUUUUAAUGCGGGAAAAUAUUUGAAUUCUGCGUUUCUCUUCAGUAAUUUUUGUGUGCUCAUUGGAAGGGGUGUCUUCAUAUCCGCACAGAGUUCUUGAUAAAAAUCUUUUUUAUUUUUUUAUCAACAUUUUUUUCUGUUUCAAGUGUAGAGCUGUUUUUUUUAAACAAAUGAUCUACUUUUGGCUCAAUUUUCUUUUCAGAUAAUUUAAAACUUCGUUCCUCACGUUUCUUAGAUAAUUCUCACAGACAAAUAUUUUUAUUUUUCCAUUCCAUAGAGCUUUGCAUAAGAUAGCGAUUUUCGAAGAUUGUUAUAUAGUCUGUUAUCCUGAAAUUAACACUGCUGCCAAUGUCACCGGAAACCAUUGAUGAUUCAAGUGCAGAUCUUGGAAAGUUCUUCUGCAUUUAAUGUGACUCUUGAAAAAUUGUAAUCACGAUUUUGCAGAUGGAAAAAAUGAGAUAUCCAGGCAUGGUAAACUCCCUCUUAUUUGUCAUUAAUGAUUUAAAGAUUAUGUUUCAAAGAAAACACGAAUAAUCCGCAUUGUAAAAAUUCGAGUGAUCCGUGUGUAAUAAACAAGAACCGACGAUUUCUCUCUCGUUGAAAACUCGCGUGCACUGUUGUGAACUCGUGAAACGGGUAAAUUUGUCAAAGUUUAUAUAACAGCAGGGCAGAAUGGCUUUACGCGGUCCUUGAGAACUCAAUAAAUAAUUGGCGAAGCUUUCCUUCCUCCUU